AUGAAGGCCUUUACCAUCACUACUCUCCUUAACCUCGCACUUCUCGUCUCCGCCGUCCCACCCUUCGAUCCCUCAGGCGCCAAAAACGUCGGCAACAACGCCGGUACCCAAUUCAUUGGCGGUCAAUGCCUCUCCGACGCUGACUGCGGCUCCGCAUGUUGCGCCAACCCGACCGGAAUCUGCUCCGGCGUGGGCGCCCAAACGCAAAACGGCAAAACAGGCUGCGGUUUCUCUAGCUCAAACGACACCUCUGCGGCCGCUUCUAAUGUCGCAGCAGCAGCAGUAUCAGCAACGAGCAGCACUGCGGUAGCAGCAACUGGAAGUGCAGUAGCUGGUACGAACGCAGCUGGUGGUCCGGCUUUCGAUCCGUCGGGCGUCAAGAAUGUCGGGAAUGCGGCGGGGGCUCAGUUUAUCGGCGGCCAGUGUCUCAGCGGUGCCGAUUGUGCGAGUACGUGCUGUGCGGGGCCGUCGGGUAUCUGCUCGGGACUUGGGGCGCAGACGCAGGCUGGGAAGACGGGGUGUGGAUUUGUGUCGAGCGCGAAGCUUUUCAGGGCUUAG